AUGUUUCGUUGGGCCCAGCAACAGUUGGCCAAUGUCGCCGGCACCCAGGAGCCCGAGUAUGGCCCGGAGGCCAUCCAGCCCGUCGGCAAGAAUGAGGGCGACCCAGCCUUCUCCGAGCUGACCAAGGCCGAUCUCAAAUGGAAGAUAAUAGAGUCAACCUGUGUCGAGACGCAGACCUUCUACCUGAACGCUGACAGCGGGCACGUUUGCUUUCUGCAGGUCAUAUACAGCAACGUCGCCGGCCUGCGCAUCACCACCCAGUUCAACUGCAAGAUCUUCUACCCGAACAACGAGAAGCCCUUCCUCUGGUCCAGCGACCCUCUCGAGAACUACGGCUUCGACGAGGAGCAAUACUCCUUCUACGCGGACGGCGUCUCGGUGGAGCUGUCCGAAGAUGGCGCGUCCUACACCAUCAAAUCCGCCGUCAACGAGAAUAGCAUGGUGGAUGUGAAGUUCAUACGGGCGGCACCGGGAUUCAUGGGCGGAACGGACGGGACAAGCAACUUUGGCACGGAUCCGAAGGCGCCGUGGGGUUCGAUGCGCCACGCCUUCUGGCCUAGGGCGAAUGUGGAGGGCAGAAUCAUCACAAUGGAUGGAGAGAUUGAUUUCAAGGGCAGAGGCAUGUUCAGCAUGGCCCUGCAAGGAAUGAAGCCACACCAUGCUGCUGCUCGGUGGAAUUUCGUCAACUUCCAGUCUCCCACCUAUUCCGCAAUCCUGAUGGAGUUCACUACGCCUCCCUCGUACGGGUCGACUCUCGUCCGCGUCAGUGGAAUCGCAACCGAUGGCAAGCUGCUUUUCGCUGGGACCUCGAGCGGCGAUGUCAAGCAUACCGACACCAAGCAGGACUCAGAGAACGAUUGGCCGGAGCCCACUGCUGCCAGCUAUCACUGGGGAGGCAAGACUGAAGACGGAAGAGAUGCUUCAGCGCACCUUGAAGGCAGCCUUGGGCCGCGCUUAGAUCGGAUCGACGUCAUGGCGGAGGUCCCGGGAUUCGUCAAGGCGAUCGUUGCGACCGCGGCCGGCACCAAGCCGUACAUCUACCAAUUCCUCCCGAAGAUGACUCUGGAGAUUAAACUCGGAGAUGAGGUCAAGAAGGAAGAGGGCAUGCUGUUUACUGAGGCUACUUUCAUCUCGUAA